UUGUGCUUUAUUUGAUUGAAAAGAAAAGAAAAGAAAAGAGUUGCGGUUCCUUUCUCGUCGCUCUCCCGCGGCUCGCAGAUUCCGUCGUCAAGCAAAGCAAAGCAAGGUUUUUCUAUUCUCCUUGUCUCUUCUGACGUCGUAAGUAUUUCUCUUCCUCAAAGUCCCUUCUUUUACGAUUUAAAGGAUCAUCUUUGAUUUUUUUGAGAUUUGCCUGAAUUGUUGUUUUAGGGUGUAGAGUAGGUACAAUUUUAAAUUAUUGGGUAUGAGUCGUAGAGAUUCGAUCAGCAAUUUGCCAGAUGAGAUUCUCGGCAAGAUCCUGUCUUUAGUUCCGACAAAAGUGGCUGCUUCGACAUCGGUUCUGUCCAAGAGGUGGAGGAAUCUGCUGGGACUUGUAGACAACCUCUGUUUGGAUGACUCGAUAGUUUUUUCGUGUCCUGACGAAGAAGAAGCAGCAAAAAUUCGCUUUCUAGAUUUGGUAGACAAAAUAUGUGCUCUGUUAAGCAAUUCUCCCAUGGCUAUGAUCAAGAAACUCUCUCUGUGCCAUGUGCCUGUUACACCUUGCCGUAAAGAUAUACAAGCUUUUGUGGAACCUUGCGUCAACCGUUUGAUUUGGACUGCAAUGGACUGCGGUUUGUUGGAACUGCACUUGCACGGCGACCCCAUCCAUUGUGGUUUUUUUCUAGAUAGAGCUUUUUUAACGAGCAACACACUGGUGAAGCUCACAAUAUCCGGUGAUUAUUAUCUCGAAGUGGAUCGUGUGUUUUUCCCAGCGCUCAAAUCACUCUCUCUCUUCUGUGUUAUGUUUGAUUGUUUCAACCAUGCUAAGUUCCUUGAUGGCUGCCCUGUCCUAGAAGAAUUAUUCAUAACUGAGGCAGAUCAGUGGUAUCCGCCAUGUUCCAGUGCGUACGUGUUUAAUGAAUCCGUCAAGCGACUUGUGGUUCUUAUCGAUCUUCCGGAUUCUAAUCAAGAGCAUCACUAUCUAAUGCAGAUCGAUGCACCUAGUCUUGUCUACCUUGACUAUUCUGGCUAUGUCUUCCCUGAGUAUUCGGUUUGUGAUUUGAAUUUGCUUGUCGAAGCCAGGCUGAGUCUCAAGCUAUGGGAGUCAACUAACGAUUAUGAUUACUCUGAUACUGAUGAUGAUGUUGAUGAUAAUGAUGAAGUUGAUUUUUAUCUUGAUUUUUAUGAUCCUGUUCCAAAGGCGGCUAUAUUUGGCGAUGUUACAGCUCUGGUUGCAAGUAUAAGCAACAUUACGACCCUUCACCUGUCUCCUGAUACCCUUGAGGCGUUUCAGUUCUGUUGUAAAUUCAUGCCGGUGUUCGACAACCUCCUCAAUUUAUCUAUCGAGAGUCACAAGGAAAAAGGUUGGCAAAUAAUGCCUCUUUUGCUCAAGAGUUGUCCUAAUCUACACACAUUAGUUUUCAAGGGUCUUUUGCACAAAGUAACAAAUAGAUGUGGAGAUGCAUGUGCUUGCAUCCCUAGGAAACAGAGGAAGAUUGUCAAUGAGGAAGAGGAAUUAUGUUGUUUAUGGACAUGUCAAGUGAAGAUUCUAAAGAUUUCAGAAUAUGGAGGAUCUUUUCAAGAGCUAGAUCAGAUGAGACAUUUCUUGGGAAAGUUGGAAUGUCUUGAAACUGUGAAAGUUGGUGUUGGCGCAGACAACAACGACAACAUUACGGUCUUGCGAGCUAAUCUGCUGGCUCUCCCCAGACUUUCAUCAGAAUGCAACAUUGAAUUUAUCUGACAUUUUCUGACCUCUUAUCUUUCUCGUCUCGUUUUGAUGGCAAUGUGAAAGUAACUUAACAUUUAAUAUUUUAUUACAAUCUGCUUUCUAAAGAUAGAUAAUAGCAGUGAUAUAUCCCGGGUUACAA